AUGAGCGCCAAAAAGGACCCACGCGGUCUCGACACGCCCAGCGAGAACACGCUUCCCCUGCUUUCAGCCCCAGCAACACAGGCCUUCAGCUCGUCAGCCCACACCCGACUGCCGAACCGAAUCGGAACGGGCGCGCGGCGUCUGGACGAGGCUUUGGAUGGCCAGUUCAAGUUCCAUCGGCGCCCUACCGGCAUUGUGCGCGGCCAAAUUACAGAAGUAUGGGGACCGCCAGGGUCCGGAAAAACUUCGCUGGGGUUGAGCAUUGCACACAGUGCAUUGCAGGAUGGUGGCAAAGUAGUCUGGAUUGAUACGAGUUCCCCCCUGCCUGCACCACGGCUUCAACAGAUGGGAAUGAAUGUCAAAAACUUCAUUUAUUUGCGCACGCCGACGUUGCCGCAUCUUCUUGCUCUUCUCGGGAAACCACCCAAGAACUUCCCACCAGCAGGAACAACCUUGAUAGUCAUCGAUUCGGUGUCAAGUCUCUUCCAAGCGUAUUUCACUGGCGCGUCAGAGCUCAAGGACCAGCUUGUACGCGGCAAAAUCAAAGAUAAGAAUGAGCUACACUGGCUCCUCAAUCGAAGAUGGAAUGUCACCAACGAGCUUUCUAUCUACUUAACUCGAUUUGCGCUGAAGAGGAUCGCCGUAUUGGCUCUUGAUCAGACUCACACGAAAAUCAAGGGGCAGGUUCGUGCUACUUUAGGGCCUACCGUCUGGGGUGGUGGGUGGGAAAAGAGUGUUCUAACGCGUGUCGUGAUCUAUCGUGGUAAGCGCGGCGAACGCUUUGCGGAGGUCACCAAGCGUGGGGGCAACUUUAUACCCAAGAGUGGGAGGUUGGUAGUUCGGUUUCGGAUUGAGCGGGACGGCUGCCAUGAUGAUAAACCAUCGGGGAUUUCCAUCCAACGAAAGCUCCCUGUGCGGACUCCUGUGAUUCGACCUUCCAAUGCGCAAGGUCAUAUCUUUCGGUCUCCGAAGGCACCAACUCCUUCUCCAUUAUCGCCAGCACUGCCUUCUUCAAAGCUGCAAAAUCCCAGGUCACCACUUCACAGAUCACCAUUCCCCAAAUCACCACUUACCAAAUCAAGACUCUCCACAUCAACGCUUCCCGAUGAACCAUCUAACCCCGUACCUCCGCCACAGCCCGCACCGACACCGAAGAAGCGCAAAGUGGAAGAAGUAGCGGACAGCCAGGACGAAUUCUCGGAAGAUGAUUUCGAAGACGAAGAAUUCCCCUGA